AUGUGGAUUGCAUCGACUUCCAAAGUCGGGGAGAUUUUCAGAAUGGAUGACUGGAAACAACUUCUUGUUCUUCUCUUUGUUUCCACUUUCUGCUCUAUAGAGACACAGCAGACUGUCAGUUCUUCCUUGCUCAUGAACAAAACUGGAGAAGAAGCUGGGUUCAUUUAUUCUUCUACAUGGUCUUUUUUGGGUGCUUGCAGAAAAGCCACAUUGACAGAUGUUGUCUUAGUGGAUGCUUCAACAAGUAUUGGUCAGAAAGACUUUCAGAAUGUAAACUUCCUCUCCACUUUGGUUUCAAGUCUUCAUGUUGGCCUUGAUGCGAUCCAAGUUGGGCUGGCACAAUACAGCAAUGAGACUUACCAAGAAUUCUUACUGAAUCAGUGUUUGAAAAGUGAUGUUUGGGAGUAGAUUGAAAAUUUGUCAUACAGAACUGGAGAGACAGGGAAACCUCUGGCUUUUGUCAAUAGAGUAUAUUUCACUCAACCUACUGGUAGCAGAAGUGUCCUGCAGGUAGCUAUUCUAAUCACCAGUGGAGAAUCCAGCGAUGAAGUUGAAUUGCCUGCCAGGAAAUUGAGAAAGAGAGGCACCUCCCUGUAUGUUCUUGGAAUAGAUGUCCAGAAUUCAUCUGAGCUUCAGUAAAUAGCCAGCAUUUUUGGUAAAUAUCUAUGUAGUGCUUAUAAUUUUGAGGACUUCCAAGAUCUGUCCACAAGACUUUUGGGAAACUCAGUUUUAAUUGAAAGUGAGAUAGAAGAUUGUGACAUAGAUCUUUCUGUAGCAAUUGAUAUUUCAAGGCGCACGUGGCCAGCAUCCACAGUGCUUGUGAAACACAAAUUGCAAGCAUUCCUCCCCAAGCUUUUACUCCAGGUGAAAUCUCUGCCAAAUACCAGUUGUAAUGCCGACUCUCCAGUUAACUUCAGAUUCAAGUUCCAAGUGUUGGCACAGUCCAAGCAAUUAAUCUUUGACUCUGAUUUUGAAGAUUAUAAUGAAGAGAAUAUCCAGAAGUUCUUAGAUUCACAGGCCACUGUGGACACCUACCUGAAUGCAGAAUUCUUACAAGCACUUGGGGAAAAGUUCUUUACUGUGACCUCUGCCAAAGUUAAGGUUCUGUUAGUAUUUUCAGAUGGGCUGGAUGAUUCGCUGGAAAAUCUCAGAAAAGCAGCUGACUCACUUCACUUUAAAGGUCUUGAUGCACUUCUAUUAGUUGGCCUGGACAAUACACAAAACUUGACUGAACUUCGGGAAAUAGAGUUUGGCAGAGGAUUUGGAUACAACGAACCUCUGAGUGUUGGAUUUGCAGAGAUUGCAAACAGCUUGCAAAGAAACCUCGAUAUUGUUGCCGAAAGGAAAUGCUGUAAAAUUGUUUGUAAAUGCCUUGGAGAAAAUGGUGAUCAUGGUGGCCAGGGAAGUCCUGGAAGGAAGGGAGGUACAGGUUACAGAGGAUCUCCUGGCCAUCCUGGUGAGGAAGGUGGGAUUGGAGAGAGGGGUCCAGUUGGUUUCAAUGGGACUCAAGGAGACAGGGGAUGUCCAGGUGCCAGAGGCCGUAAGGGGGCCAGAGGAUAUAGAGGAAGCCAGGGUGAACAUGGUGAGAGUGGAUUUGAUGGCACUGAUGGAGAGCAGGGAGAGCAUGGAUUUCCUGGGUGUUCUGGAGAGAAAGGCAACACAGGAAAACGGGGCAGAAAAGGCCCUAGAGGAGAACCAGGUGAACGGGGAGAAUCUGGUCUAAGAGGAGAUCAUGGAGAUCCUGGGAUUAGCAAUAAUGUUCCUGGUCCUAAGGGUGAAAAGGGAAACCCUGCACAGCAGGGAGAUCCUGGACCACAUGGACUCCAAGGGGAGCAGGGUGAUGCUGGCCCUGGUGGUGCAGCAGGUCGAAGAGGCCCUUCAGGUAUAAAGGGUGAGCAAGGAGACCUGGGUGAAGCAGGUUACCCAGGAGACUCUGGACUUCCAGGCCCACAGGGCCCAAGAGGACUACAAGGGAUCAGAGGACCUCCAGGACCCCAAGGCAUGCCAGGCCCUCUGGCUAGUCUGGGGGUCCCAGGUUCACCUGGCUCUGUUGGGAAUUUAGGUGCAAGAGGAGCAAAGGGUGAACCUGGUGACCCUGGACAGAAGGGCCCAGUGGGGGCAGCUGGACAGAGAGGCAUGCCCGGCAUGGAUGGCAGAGAUUCCUUUGGUCCUGAAGGAAGCAAAGGAGCAAAGGGAGAAUCUGGCUUCACAGGAUAUCCUGGUCCAGAGGGAGAAGAUGGAGACCCAGGCAUUCCAGGAGCUGAAGGACCCAAAGGACUUAGGGGUAGAAGAGGUGAUGCUGGCACACCAGGUAUCCUGGGAGAUCCAGGGGACCAAGGGCCACCAGGACCUAUGGGUGCCAAGGGACCAAUGGGCACCAGUUUAAUGGAACCUUGUGAACUUGUGAAUUUCACACGAAAAAACUGUCCUUGCUCAUCAGACAUAUGUCCUGUUUAUCCAACUGAAGUGGUGUUUGCCUUGGAUAUGUCUGAAGAUGUUACACCAGCUGCAUUUGAAAGAAUGAGGAACAUUGUUAUGUUAUUGCUGAAGACCAUUAAGAUCAGUGAAAGCAAUUGCCCAACGGGUGCUCGUGUGUCUGUUAUUUCUUUUAAUACCAAUAUACGCUAUCUCAUACGGUUCUCAGAAUUCCAAAAGAGCACCUUGCUGCUACAAGCCACUCAGAGAAUACCACUGGAGAGAUCCACUGGGAAACGUAAUAUUGGGGCAGCCAUGAGAUUUGUUGCAAGAAAUGUCUUCAAACGUGUUCGUCAGGGCAGCCUCGUGAGAAAAAUUGCCCUGUUUUUUGCCAAUGGUCCGUCACAGGAUGAUGUUGCUGUCAACACAGCUGUACUUGAGUUGAGUGCCUUGGAUAUUGCUCCAGUGGUUAUUGCCUUCAGUGAAGUGCCAAAUGUCAGGCGUGCCUUCUCUAUUGAUGAUACUAGAAGAUUUCAAUUAUUUGUUUGGGAAAGACAAGAGGAUGAAAGUUUGGAGAAUGUCACAUAUUGUACACUUUGCUUUGAUAAAUGCAAGCCAAGAACCAACUGUGAGAUGCCCUUUUCUUCCCCUCUUCUUAUGGAUAUGGAUAUCACUUACAUCAUGGACAGCUCUCGCAGCAUCAGCAGUGAAGUGUUUCAGAGAGCCAAAGACUUUGUGAGCAACAUGAUAGAUCAGUUUGUUGUUUCCUCACAGCCAAAUGAAUCAUAUGGAGGCAUCAGAGUGGCCCUGGUGCAGCAGGCUCCCAGGGGUUUCCUGCCUGACAGAAACCAGACCCCUGUGGCCUUGGAGUUUGAUCUGGUCACAUACAGCAAUAAAGAUUUGAUGAAGAAACAUAUCCAAGAGUCUGUUCACCAACUGGAAGGGCCAUCAGCCAUUCCUUCUGCCCUACAGUGGACGGUUGAAAAUGUAUUCUUUAAAGCCCCCAAUCUAAGAAAACAUAGAGUCAUAUUUACAAUAGUUGGAAGCAAAACAAGCACAUGGGACAGAGACAAGCUGAAAGAGAUUUCCCUUGGAGCCAAGUGUCAAGGAUUCACUUUGUUCACACUUGUGCUUGGCAAUGAUGUGAGUGACGAUCAGCUGAUGGAGCUGUCAAGCUCCCCCACAGAGCAGCACUUUCUGGUGUUGGGCAGGGUUUCAGCGUCUGAGAUGGUGUAUGCUGAGAGGUUUAGCUGGGCAUUUCUAAAUCUUCUACAGAAAGAAGCAAACAGUUAUCCUUCACCAGAACUUCAAGAAGAAUGUGAAAACUUAGAUCGGGGAGACACACAACAGCAAGUGUCUAUGAUUGAAAGGGUGCCUUUUCCUGGAACCGUUGAAACAGGUUAUGGUCAUGGUUUAGAAGACAUUAAAACAACGGAAAGUAGAAUCCUGGAGACUAUUAAAGAGACCACCACAGAACCUGUCUACAGAAUGCCAAAACUCAGAUAUGAUUUUAAGGAGAAUGAGUAUUUAGCAGAGGAAGGUGUUGAAGGAGAGAAGCCACAAGAGUAUGGAGAAGCUUGGGAGAAGAACAGUGAAAACUUUAAGGCAACAGUAGAAACUAGAACUGCCUAUAGUAAUUAUGAUGCGUGUGACCUUGUUCAAGAUAGUGGAGAAUGUCAGAAUUAUGUUCUGAAGUGGUACUACAACAAAGAGCAGAAAAUGUGUGGUCGGUUCUGGUAUGGGGGCUGUGGAGGCAAUAGAAAUAGAUUUGAAACACAAGAAGAAUGUAGAUUAUUAUGUAUAGAGUCCACCUAG